UGGAAUGAAGCAAGAGAGAGCCAUGGGCUCCCGCAAGCUUCUCCUCUUCAACGUCAUCCUUCUCGCGUCGCUCCUUCCCUCCUGCUCCGCUAAUGGCUUCUCCUCCGCCACCACCACCGGAGACUAUGAGCAGCGCGGUACCAGCAGCAGGGAGCAGGCGUCGGUGCCGCAGUGGCAGCUCCUCACUAAUCGCAACUUCUCCUCUGAGAUCCGCCUUCAUCAACACAUCCUUCUCAUGGUCACCGUCCCUUGGUGUGGUGAAUCUCGGUCCCUUAUGAAGGAAAUUUCUCAUUUGGUUGCUAUUAAACAGGAGGAGCUUGGCCACCUGAGCUUAAUGGUUGUUUACAGAAAUUAUGAUAAACUACUAGCUGAUGUUCUUGGUGCUAAUGAAGGAAUCACAUUUUUGUACUAUCAUCAUUCUAUGGCAUACAAGUACAGAGGCCGGCUCAGUGCACGUAAUAUAUUAACAUCAAUUUAUCAGGUUAUGCCACUCGGACUUGAAGAUUUUCGUCUGAAACACCUUCAGACUAAGGAAGACCUUGAUAGUUUUUAUCAUUCAACUGACAAAGCCAUUCUUCUCCUUGAGUUUUGUGGAUGGUCAACUAAAUUGUUGCAUAAACAGAAGAACGAAAGCAAUGGGAAUGACAUGUAUAUGCAAAACUUUUCAGAGAACGUUGGGGACCUUCUUGAUGAUCAAAAUAGGGAUGCCAAUGGAACUGUCAUACUUGAUAAUCAGGAAAUUCAUGAGGAUUUGGAAAAUGAAGAGUUAACUUGUCGGGUUGAAAUGGGUCUUAGCACUUGUCCUUGGGCUGGAGAAUUCACCUGGGUUAAUGCAAGUGAUUUUAAAGGAACUAAAACUAGAGAUUCUGGCCUUGGGUUGUCAUGCACUCGGCAAGAAUUUCAGCGAUUUGAGUCUUUCUUCACCAAAUUUAUGUCAACCGCAAAAGAGUAUUCUCUUUCUCAUGAAAGGCAAAGAUUUGGCCUGGUCACAGAAACAUCACUAUUAUCUUUUCUUGGUGUUAGUAAUCCAGAGACAUGGUUGAUUGUACUUCCGUUUCCUGCAUGCCCUAAUUGUUCAAAGGUGGUCCAGGAAGUAGAUGAUAUACAUGCAGUCUUGAAGAUGGAUGAUUCCCUUGUCAUGGAGCUAGAUGUUGUUGACCAAAACUCUCAGCUUGCAUUCCCAGCAGACAGACCUUCAAUUAUUCUUUUUGUUGAUAGGUCAUCAUCAUCCUCAGAAAUAAAAAAUGCAAGCAAGUUGGCACUUGAAACUUUUAAGCAGUUUGCACGUGAUUGUCAUCUUUCCACACAAGUGAAUAAUAACUCUAGGGCGUCAUCAGCGCAGGUCAUUUCUGGUGUGUGGCACAAGAAUACUAAAGAUCCCUUCAGUGGUAUGAAGAGUAAGGUUUCUCCUGUGAAUAAGCUUGCGAAACUUAAGGAUGACAUGGCUAUUAUGAUAAUGAAUGAAGGUGAAAAUACCUCUUUAGACGACAUAGCUUCUCAAGCUCAGCAUGGCCAGUUCUAUAAUAUUCUAGCAGAACUGCUUCACCGAAGAGAACCUGCUGUGAAGACCAAGGAAACCAAAAUAAGUUUAUUAGCAAAGGAAGUUGGCUUUCAGCUCUUAUCAGAUGAUUUUCAUGUACAAGUUGUUGAUAAAUCGCUAUCACAUACAGUAGAGCACAGUCAACCUGACAAGAUGAUUGAGAGUGAUGCUGUCAGCUUAGUGGAUCAAAAUUCCAAACAGACAGAGGAAUCUACUGAACAAAGCAGUGAUUUGUCAGGUUACAUUGCCAUGAAUGAUGAGGGAGCACCUGAAUUAGUUCAUAUGGAAGGUGAUCUUCUGCAAAAUCAGGAGGUUGUCCCCUCCCGUGAAAGUAGUACUAGUACUACUGAUAAUGAGCAUAUGGCAGUUAGUCAGCAAGAAGUGUCAGAAUCCACUUGUUCUGUAGAUAAUUCUUCUCAGUCAAGUCAGAAGUCACCUUUAGUUGAAGAACAUACUGAUAAAGAGAAAGUGCAUAACUUUGAUUACAGCUUAAGUGAAGUAUUUUCCAGUGGGUUUGCUAAAAAUUUGGUUCAUGAGACAUCUCAAGUUGUCUCGGUGGAAGAAGGUAGUUCAGAACAUGCUAAAGGUUCGAUGGAAAUGUUUAGGUCAAGUGAGCCAUUUGUUGAACAUCGACCCUUUUUAGGUUCUUUUUUUUUCUCUGAUGGUAAUCAUCAGUUCCUUGAAACCAUGACUGCGAGUUCAAAGAUCCCAUCUUUGAUUCUUCUUGAUCCACUUUUACAACAGCAUUAUGUCUUAUCUGAGAAAGAAAAUACUACAUUUUCCUCUAUAGCUAACUUUAUUGAUCAGUUUCUGGAUGGAAACCUUACACCAUACCAGAAAUCAGAAGCGUAUCUUGCCGAUUCAAGGGAGACCCCGCACCCACCUUUUGUAAAUUUGGAUUUUCGUGAGGCUGACUCUAUUCCUAGAGUGACAGCAAAAACCUUCUGUGAACUCAUUGUAGGUUUUAAGCACUGUGAAACCAAAGGUAAGUUGCAGACAUCCAAUACUGAAAAUCUCAGACCUGCCUACAAUGUUGACGUUUUGGUGCUUUUUAGCACUACUUGGUGUGGAUUCUGCCAGCGAAUGGAAUUGGUUGUGCGUGAAGUAUAUCGAGCUUUUAAGAGCUUCAGUGUUCUGUUGAAGAAUGAAUCCCUGAGAAGGAACUCAAGAAACAUUCAAGAGAACAAUGAGGACACAUUAAUUGGUUUACCAUCUAUUUAUUUGCUGGAUUGCUCUCUGAAUGACUGUGGUUCAUUCUUGUUACCAUUGGGCAAGCAAUCAGGAAUGGUCACUAUGUCAGACAAGGCUGAUAUUGGGCAUUUAAGAUGUACUAUGUUAGACAAGGAGCACUAUUUUUAAUCCCAGGCUGACGCUGGGGCAUCGAAGAUGUACCUUCAUCUAGCAGGAACUAUGAGAAAGAAUAUCAAGAACAAGCCUUACAAGGUUGUGGAUGUUUCAACCUCAAAGACCAGUAGCCAUACUAAGUGUCACUUUGUUGGCAUAGACAUCUCUAAAUUAAUAAAGCAUGAGGACAUUAUGGCUCAUGAUUGUGAUGUUCCUCAUGCUAACCAUACUGAUUAUCAGUUGAUUGAUAUAGCUGAGGAUGGUUUUAUGAGCUCGUUGACUGAAAGUGGUGGCACCAAAGAUGGUCCAAGGCUUCCAAGUGAUGAAAAACUAUCAACUUAGAUGAAGGUUGGUUUUUCAAAUGGCUAAGAUCAAGUUGUGUCUAUCUUAUCUGUGAUGAGCGAAGAAUAGAUCUGUGCAUUGAAGGACAUUGGACUAAGUAGAUUUACUUGUCUUGAAAGUUGAUUUUAAGUUAUGAGAUUUUUUAAGAGCUACAAUAGGGAGAUAUUUUAGACUUAGGUAAUAUUUAGAGUUUUAAGACCUCAUCUACCAUGAUAUCAGACCUUGGUCAAUUGUUUUAUUUGAUUAGUUUGGGUUGUUUGCGUUGUGGUUAAUUAAAAUAGAUUGGCAUGUACCAAAGGAGCUUACUAAAGUAACAACGUCGGAUAAAUUGAUAAAUAUAGAAUUGAAUAUGUAAGUCUGUGUUUGUCAUCCUAUCAUCUUAAGCUGUUGGGUUGGAUUGGUUCCAUAUAAGGUGUUUUGUUUACAUCUAGCAUGACACAAAAGCUUGAUUACAUGGUCUGUUUGUAAUGUAGAUGGCUGAAGUUGACUGACAGGUACCAAAUGGGUGUAUUAAAAUAACUAAUAGUCCCACAUUAAUUUAGUAAAUAUGGAUAUAGAUAUAUAAGUGUAGGUUUUUCAUCCUAUCAACUUAAGCUUUUGGGAUGAAUUGAGCUCAGGGAAUGUGUUUGAUUCAUUAUCUAACAAUAUGCACACAAAUGCUCAGAUAUUCUUCUAUGAACGCUGAAUUGUGAACCUAAUUUGAAGUUGCAUUUAAUAAGAGAAGCAUCUAUGAGAGUGGUCAAAUGAGGAAGGUAGCAUUUUAUGAUAAUUUUCCACCAGCUGAAUUUCAUAAAAACUGAGACCAAAUAAUUAAAAAUGGUGCCCAUGUACAAAUAAAAAUCUAUCAAACAGGGUGGACAAGGAAACCGUACUAAUCGCAAUCAUUAUGUUUCAUUAAUCUUCUAGGUUGUUCUUGGAUUGGUAUUGAGGGUGAGUUGGGAUUAAGGAUAAUGUUUUGUUUAGAAUCUUCCAGUUGCAAUUUGUAUCGCUGAAAAGAGUGUGGAGUUGAGGCAUUUUAUUACCAUGGAAUUUCCUAUGUUGGAAGACAUGUCCUAAUAGUCAACAUUUUCGUGUGACUGGAGUCCAAGUAAAAUACAUAUUUCACCAUUUAAAGAUCUAAUAUAUCUCUAGUUAAGCUUGAGUUGCUUGUCUUUGUUGCUAAUCCUCAAUUU